AUGAAUUGCGACUCUGUAGAACAAUUCUUUUAUUUGAAGGGUUAUACAGUGUUAGAGUUUGUUAGUUCUUCAAAAGGGGCAGAAUACUAUUUAUUAGUCAAAUCUGAUGACAAUCCUACCUCAGAAUCCGAGGGUGAUAAAACAACAAAUUCAAUGAAAUUAUUUGCAAAAUCUGUUAUUAUUAAAAAAAAUAACGCAAAAAGGAAGUUGGGUGAAGUGGCUACGAUAGUAUCUUUGGGAUACCAUCCUAAUCUAGUGGAAUAUGUUGAUUCCUUCAUAAAUUACGACCGUUUGAACAUUAUAUUCAAAUACUGCGAUAAGGGAAGUUUGGAGAGUAUAAUUAAAAAUCGCAAAAAAAGACACUUUUCAGAAAAGACAAUUGUCAAUUGGAUAACCCAGAUCCUCUGUGGUAUAAAAAAGAUUCACGAUGCUGGACUAAUCCAUCGAGAUAUAAAGGCAGAUAAUGUGUUAUUAGAUAGUGAGGGGUUGAUCAAGAUUUGUGAUUUCGGUAUUGCAAAAAAAUCAGAUCUUCUAAAUACAUUUUGCGGUACUAUGAGUUAUAUUUCCCCAGAAAUCCAUCAAAAUGAUGUUUAUGGGCCUAAAACUGAUAUUUGGUCAGCGGGAGUGCUACUAUAUUAUCUAAUCAAACUUAAGCUCCCCUUCGGGUACAGGAAGAGCGAAUAUCAGAACAUAAUACGUCUAAUUUGUACCCAGCAGUUACCGCCACUGCCUAAAGGUUAUUCGAUUGAAUUACGCCAAUUGUGCUACAAAAUGUUAACCAAGCAACACGAAUUGAGACCAGAUGUCUAUGAACUACUAAGGGAGGAUAUAAUACAAGAGGAACUAAAAAGACACAUCAAGCAAUUGAAGGCAGGCGAAAAUAAUAUUAAAAAUAAUUAA